CACAGAGACUCCGCCGGCCAUCAGACAGAAGUGGAGCGCGCAGCGGGAGGCGCAGGUCAGACAAACACUCAGCUCAUCCUGAGCUAUCUAGACUGCAGGGAUUUUUUACCAUGAUGCCAUCAGAAGGAAAUGGGCAAUAAACGCAAAAGUUGGAAUAUUUUUUUUCAUUAUUGACUUUCUUUUUCUUUUUUAUGUGUCCCGGGCUAUUUUCUUCUCUAAUUUUUAUUUUUAAUGUCGAGGAAUAGAGAACAUUCCAAACAAAUAUACUUUUCUCACACUUAAUCGGUCCUCCCCUCCCGUUAUUAAUCAAAAUCAUCCCGCGUAAAGGACUGAUGGACAUGUGGUGGAAAGUAGGGCUCGUGCUGGUGAUGUGCUGGGGUCUCACGAGCAGUGAAGCCCGGGAGGAGCACUAUGAUUCGUCUCCGCGCACCGCGAUGUUCAGAGCGCCAUUGGACUUUGGCUUCGUCCCGUCGGUGGUGUACGAAACCCACGCGUAUUAUGAACCGGGUCCCAUCGGUGUUCUUUUCCACAUGGUCCACGCGUUUCUGUACGUGGUUCAACCCAACCCUUUCCCCAAAGAUCUCAUUGUUAAGAUGGUCCAGCAGAACAUGGGAGGAAUCAAAGGGGAUGAUUACAAGAAGCCAGAGAAUGUUGUAUUACUACUACAGGCUAUCUACUAUGAGCUCGGCUUCAUAGUCCUGACAGUACUGGGAGUGUUGUUUGUGCUGUUCAUGCCGAUAGUGGGUCUGUGUUUCUGUGUGUGCCGAUGCUGUGAGAACUGUGGGGGUGAGAUGCAUCAGAGACAGAAGAAGAACGGUGACUGCUUACGAGGCUUCUACAUGGCCACGCUCAUCGCUACCUCUGUCUUCCUCGCAGUGGGAGUGACGAUCACCUACGCAGCAAACCAGAACAUCACAUCUCAGAUCAAGAGCACCAGACGUCUCGUCAGUACUAACAUAAGAGACCUGAAAUCUUUUGCCAACUACACACCAGCGCAAAUAGAUUACCUGGCUGCACAGUACACAACAGCCAAGAACAGAGUAUUAUCAGACUUAGACAAUAUUGGGACUCUGCUGGGUGGACAGAUUCAUAAUCAGCUGGAGAGAGAAGUAGUACCUGCUUUAGACAACGCUCUUCGCAUGACAUCAGUUAAAGUGGAAGGUGCUAUUAAAGCCAUGCGGGAGGCCAAAGAGUCAUUAGAGAGUGUGACCACAUCACUGGAGACCCUACAGGAAGGGACUGGCAGACUCCAGAACUCUCUUCAAUCUGAACGUGCGUCUCUCUCAAACACACUCAACGACCAGGCCUGCUCUAAUGGAGACGUAACACACACCUGCAGCACCAUCCGCGGAACACUCAGCCAGCUCGCUCUCAGCGCAAACUUUAUUGGGUUGCCUGAGGUUGAGGCGCCUUUGGCCAAUCUGGACGCUGUGCUUGAAACAGACCUCAGCAAUAUUGUACAGAAGGGCUACUCUUCUUUUAACGAUACACCAAGGAUGGUCAGGGAACAGACGAAAGGAAUUGUGUCAGAAGUGAAAGGGCUGCUGGAUAAGUCGUGUGGAGAGAUAAUUGGUUUCACAAAGAUGUUCCCAUUAGAACCGGCACUUGAGAACUUCACAAAGUUCCUGACGGAGAGCCAGAAGAACAUUGAGGCUUACUACCCCCAGAUCGACCAGCUGGACUUCUACAGAUGGAUAGGGUGUGUAGUGAUCUGCUGUAUGGUCGUGCUGGUUCUGGCCUUUAAUUUCCUGGGUUUGCUGUGUGGAUCAUGUGGCUAUGAUAAAAAUGCCACACCCACCGCACGUGGAUGUCUGUCCAACACUGGAGGAAACCUGCUGAUGGCCUCUGUAGGCUUCAGCUUCAUCUUCUCUUGGGUGCUCAUGGGAGUUGUAGUCACCACAUUUGUUGUUGGAGGAAACAUAGAGAAGCUUGUGUGUGAGCCGCUGGCUAACAGACAGAUUUUUAAGAUUAUUGACACACCAUACAUGGUCCAUCCUGCCAAAAAGAACGUCCUUCCUGGCAUGCUGUUUCAAGAUCCAAACAUUGACCUUACUAUCGGCAGCAUGUACAGAGAUUGUUAUGAGAAUAAUGGUUUAUAUUCAGCACUACAACUGGAGACCAAGUUCAACUUCAACAAGUUUCUCAAUGCCACAGUGUAUAACCUGGAAAUGGCCAAGCUGUUUAAUAGUGUGAAUGUGGAUCUCCAGGGAAUGCUUCUUCUGGAACAGGAGGGCAAAGAUAACCUCAUCGACUUCGCCAACACAGGCAUUGGAGAAAUCGACUAUCAGGCUUAUCUGACUGAGGUGAAUAAAGGAGUGACGGUUGUGGAUCUUUUGUCCUACGCAAAUGAACUUGAAGCUCAAGCAGACCAACUGCGACGUGGUGCUCUUGAGAAUGCGCUCAAGGGUCAUGCCAGCAGUAUCAGACAGAUCCACAAAGAUCAAGUGGUGCCAAUGGAGCAGGCUAUGAAAUUUGUGAAAGCAAGGGGCACUCUAAGUCAAAGCAUCAAACUGCUUCAGAAAACCUCCAGAGAACUACCCAUUAAAGUGACAAAUGUCCUGAAUGCCAUCGAGGCAGCAGAGUAUCUCAUCUCCAACAAUGUCUCUCAUGUGGUCAAACAGGAGACUGAAAAAUUCAUUAAGAACAUUGUGGGAUACUUUUCACAAUAUACGGUGUGGGCCAAGCACUCACUGGAAAUGGAGGUUGCCCAGUGCAAGCCCAUCAGCAACAUUGUGGACUCGCUAGAGAUUGUAGCCUGCAGCUUCAUUGUUGACUCAGUGAACACAUUCUGGUUUGGUCUGGGAGGAUGCUGUAUGUUACUCAUUCCCAGCAUUAUCAUGUCGGUAAAACUUGCCAAAUUCUACCGCAGGAUGGACACUGAGGACGUCUAUGAUGAUGGUGGUGAGAACUGGAGCUAAAUAGAGUUAAGCAAGGGAUUGUCUUUGUCAGAUUCUGAGGAAGACAAUGAAGACAGGAAAAAAGGGAAAAUGUUUAUUCCGGGUUCUAACAAUAAAACAUACUCAGACCUUAACUGAAGAAUAUACUCAAGCAUAUUCUACAUACAAUUCAUCAUACAUGGUAAACAGCAACAUGUUCUUUUUUUACACUUUCAAUAGGUUUUUGAAAGUUUUGUAUGUAUUUUGUUAAUAUCUUAUUUUAUAAAACUCCUUUAGACAUAAUUGUGGGUACAUCUAGAUUUUGUACAGGUCUUUUUAACAUUUAAGGCGAUAUAAAGGGGCAAAAAAGGUCUGUGAUAUCAGUCUGUGCACUGUGAUAUUGUAUCGAUGGUUCUUGAUUAUGAAACCAUGAAAUGGUUUUUCUGAACCAAACAUCCAGAAGUACUUCAUUUAUCAAGUUAUCUUUUCUGGUCUUUUGUGAAAGUUAUUUUUUUUCUACAUUUUAUUGUUCAAUGAAUGAAUCAAGUAUUAGUUUGAGAAUUGUUUCUUAGUAGAAGAAAAACAAUUUGCUAAAAGAAUGUUAAAUGCACUGGAAAAGACUCAAUGUCUAUAAAGAUAAAUUAUCGGAAGCCAAUGUCCUAAAAGACUGAUUGAUCCUGUUUGUUUGAAAUGUCAGUACUUUUGAUACAAGACAACUACACAACUAAAAACAAAGGCAAAUCUUUAUUUCUGUGUCCUUGUUACACGUUGCAUGUACUUACUGUAGUAAUAAUAACAGUAAAUUAUGCAUAAUUACAUGCAGCUAACCAUAAACCCAAUCCUACUCUGAACCUUAACCCUAUAGUAAGUACAUAUUGUUAAUUAUUAUUACUUAGUACUUAAAUAAACUAUUUAAAUACAGUACUAAAUCACACUGUAACAAGGACACCUUAAAAUAGUAUAACCAAAACAAAUGGCUAUUAUAGAUCCAUUAAUCUUGAGUAAAGAUUUUGUGUUUCUGUUGUAUUUCUGUUUUCUUCUUUUGAGUGUCUUACAUAUUUUUGUGUGUCCACAUCAAAAUAAUGAAAAUAGUUUUAAAUGUC